GAAUUUUCAACAUAAUUUCUUUUCGCGAAAUUAAAAUUAAAGCACUGUAUUUAAACUUUUAAGCUAUUUCUUCCUUAUUUUGGAAGACACUGCUUGUUCAGCAGCAUUACUUUCUAUAUCUUGUUUGGACAUAGUCAUCUUGAUCUUGUUAAUGAUGGCUGAAGUUCAAUUUAGAAUGCUGAAUAGAAAGUUGAACAAUUUAUUCGAUCUGAAAGAUGGAAAACAGAUGACCAAACAAGAAAUAACGAAAAGAGUGAAGGAAUGUGUGGAUCAUCAAAAUUUUCUAAUCGAUUUUCUAGAUCAAUUUAGUGCCACGUUUUCAGGAGUAACUCUUUUCUUCUUAGGAGAUAUUAUUUUAACCAUGUGCAUGCGUAUGUACAUAAUAUCAAGCGACAAUACAGACAUGAAUUAUCGCAUCGAAGCCUUGUUUCAUCUGAUUGCUGGUCUCAAUCAAAUAGUUCUUUGCUAUUCCAUACCAGCUCAAGCGCUAAUGGAUCAGGCAGAUGAAGUCAGUCAUAGUGUCUACUUUAGUAAAUGGUACGAUUAUCCACAUUAUGCUAAACACGUUUGGCAGAUAAUGGUCAGAGAUGCAAGAAGGAUUGAAAUAACUGCAGGAGGUUUUGUCAUGAUAGAUUUAAAAAUGUUUAUGGCGGCUGUAAAAACCAUUAUAUCCUACUGCAUGUUUUUAAGAACAGUAAGUUUGGUGGACUGAAAAUGGAUAAAAUAAUAAAUAGUAGUAAAACUAUAGUUACGUAAUUUUAAACGAGCACCCGUCAUAAAAAUAAAUAAAAUGACUAUUUUGUAACACAUCAAUGUAUUCAAUAAAUUAUUGCACAGCAUAA